AGACUCUAGUUCUUCUUUCACAAGGACUCCAAUCAGACACACGCUGGGGAGAGGUCUGCUGUCCAACGGGGGAACCUACAGAGGGAUAACAGCUCAGAAACAGUCUAACCCCAAAUCAUCAGCCAGACCCUCUGACACUGGGAUAUACUACUCCACCAUCCACAGGCAACUCUGCAACCCAUCACUGUAUCACACCGGACUUCAUGCAGCUCAGACAUUAAUAGGUCACCUUUCAAGGUCAACAUGUUGUUAGAUUUGAAAUAUAUCUUUUGGAUAUGCUCAGCAUUCCCUAUUUCCUAUACAUUCCGUGCAGUUACAGUGGAAAGAAGUCCUCCAGUUAAAGGAUCCCUGGCGGGAAGAGUGACGUUACCUUGCUAUUUCUCAACAAUACCUACAUUACCACCAAGUUACAACAUUACACAUGAAUUUUUAAGGAUAAAAUGGACAAAAAUUGAAAAAAGCAGAGAUGGGAAAGAUCCAAAGGAAACUACAGUUCUGGUUGCCCAAAGUGGUGGUAUCAAAAUUGGCCAAAAUUACAGGGGUAGAGUGUCUGUGCCAAGCCAUCCAGAAGACAUUGGUGAUGCUUCAUUAACAAUGGUCAAACUCCGUGCCAGUGAUGGUGGUGUUUACCGUUGCGAGGUACUGUUUGGCAUUGAAGAUACUCAAGAUACCAUUUCAUUGGAUGUUUCAGGAGUCGUAUUUCACUAUCGAGCACCAGUAGACAAGUACAUCUUAGAUUUUGAAAGUGCUCAGAAGGCUUGCAUAGACAAUGGUGCCAAAAUCGCAACUCCUGGACAAUUGAGAGCUGCCUAUGAAGAUGGUUUUGAGCAGUGUGAUGCUGGGUGGCUGUCUGAUCAAAGUGUUAGAUAUCCGAUCCGCAACCCAAGAGCUGGCUGCUAUGGUGACAAAAAGGGGAAAGAAGGAAUAAGAACCUAUGGAAAACGUCCAGCAGAGGAGAAAUAUGAUGUGUACUGCUUUGUCGAUGAACUAGAAGGUGACCUGUUCCAUCUGUCUCUUCCCAAAAAGUUGACAUUCGAAGAGGCCAAAAAAGAGUGUGAGGACAGGAGCGCAGCUCUAGCAACUGUUGGAGACAUGUAUUCCGCAUGGAGAAAAGGUUUUGACCAGUGUGAUUAUGGCUGGCUUGCGGAUGGCAGUGUGCGUUAUCCGGUGUCUUUGGCGAGACCCCAGUGUGGAGGAGGACUUCUUGGGGUGCGGACUAAAUAUCGUUUUAGCAAUCAGACUUUCUUCCCACAGCCAAAAGAGAAAUAUGAUGCAUAUUGCAUAAAAAAUAAAAGAAAUAUUACAGAAUCUGUUUCUGUCAAACUGAUAAUACCCACAGCUGUUACUGAAAGCAGCAUAACGAAAUUGGAAAUACAACCUGUUAAUGUCACCCCAAAACCAAGUCUACCUACAACGCCGCCAUCUGUAAAAGAAACUGCUGUGCAGCCUACUGUUCAAGAGAUUGCUGUGCAGGAGGAAAGCAGCCAACCAACAGAAUCUGUAACGGAAAGGGGACCGGGAUUGUUAGUACAAGAAGGAACUACAUUGGAUCCUGUCACUAUCAGUUCAGAAGAGGCUGGAGCUCAGGAGGACAAAGACAUAAGUUCAACUUCAAUCUCAACCGAUUCUCAAGUUCCAACACUUCAACCAGAACAAGAGUUGCCGGAAACAGUCAGUUCUAUUACUCUGACUAAAGAAGUAUUAUAUCUAAGUUCUCAGUCUCCCAAAGAAACCAUGGAAGCCAAAAGUGUAGAAAUUAUUCCAACAGUUAUUAUUCCACAUGACUUUACUCAAGAUAUAUCAUCUGCAGUGUCUUCUGGCAGUCCACAGUCUUACAGUACAUCAAGAGAAAGUGUAGAGCAGGCUGCCGUGACUACAGGGGAAUCACUCACCUUACAAAAAGAGGAGGCUUCAAGUCUCCAGCCUGAAUUGGAUGUAUUCACUGUAUUCAAACCUGCUCUGGACACCAGCAGUCCAUCCUUACUAGAUGAGAUCACAACAAUAGAUGAGAAAGCCACAUCUGCAGAUAAAGCUGUAAAAACCCCAGAUGUAGAAAGCAUCACAUCAGCUGAGACAGGUCCUACUUCCACACCAGAUGUACCUGAAAUAUCAGUUGAAGGCACUGAUAAGACAACAUCAUCAUCACAAUUGAAAGAUAUAGUGACUGGAGAUGUCCUGACAUCUACUCUUUCCCCUUUUGAUACAUCAGAAGGCUCAGGGGUGUCUCAAGAAGAUAUUCAGUCUAAAGUGACUGCUUUGGACAAAACCGAUGAACCAUUUUCAUUGGCUCCAAAAGAUCUAACUACACAAGCAUAUUCUGUUAAAAUAUCAGGCGAUAUCUCUGUAGCUUCUGAAGAUGUUGAGAGAAAACAACAGAUCACAACUAUUGUAACUGAAACUACGUCAGCACAAGAGAGCGAAGCAGACAAGGUAUCAGCACAACCCAAGCCAUCAGAGAGCACAGAAUCAUAUCCAGUUUCACCUGCAACAUCUGAGACUUCCAUAUUAGUGACGGAAGAAGCAUUGGUAGCAAGUCAUCCAUUAGAUUUGGUUUCUGAAAGAAGUGGAAUAGACCAGGAAAAAGAAAUCACACCAACUAUAACAAGUGUCAUUCAGGAUGUUACAGAAAGGACAGAAAGUGCAAUUACUGCUCAACCUGGUGAAGAUGAAACACAAGAGGGAUUUAAAUUGGUUGCUGGGACUGACUUGCCAACUACAGAUGUCACAGAGGAACAGAAGAAAGUGGCAACUAUUGCUCCUCAAGAUACAGAUUAUGUUACUCGUUCAAUUGUAGAUAUAGCCUCUCCCAAAGUGGAGACCCCAGCACCUUCUAUUACCAUCAGAUCUUCAUUGGGUGAGUCCUCAGAAACCAAAAAGGUUGUUACAGAUUUAGACUCAGAAAUUGAAGGAUCAGCAGAGGUUGAAGUAACAGUAGCAUCAACGGAACUUCCAUCGAGUCCACUGAAACCUGUGACUGACUCUGUGCUGUAUUUACCAGAAGCUCCUGCUGCUACGCUAGCUGUUACAGCUCAAGCCAGAGAGGUCACUGAAAGCUCUGGCAUAAGUGAAGCACAACAAGUAACAGACGUACCAUUAUCUGUGGUGACUGACAAACAAGAGACUGCAGGAGACAUAACUGUAAUCCCAAAAGAGACUGUACAAGUGCUUACAACACUAUUACCCCCACCCAUUUCUACUCAGAAACCAGUCUUAAUCGAUGUGGAACCUGGCGAUGAAACUAGUAAAGGAACAAUAGUGAUUGGUGAAUCCGUUUCUCCUAUAAAAUCCACAACUGAAUAUGAUAUGACAAGUCAAAAAGCAGAAGGGGAAAUUGAUUCAGAGUUUAUCACAAGUGGAAGUACAGAAGAACAAACGAAAGAACCCUGUGAUAACACAAGUGUAUCGCCAACUGGUUCUCCACUUAUCAAUGUGAUUAUUCUCAAUAUUCCUGAAAAUGAAACAGGCCCAUUGGAUCAACUUCUAAUUAGUUUGGGUUUACAUUCGAACAAUACAGCUGAUGAGUCCGAAGAAGGUUACGCAAUAGAAAUUUUACCCCCAAUUUCAAGCUCGGAGGAGGAAACUGAUUGUGACACUUCUACUGCUGCUGUGACAUCCCCAUCCUUACAGUUUAUUAAUGGGAAACAAGAAAUUACUCCAGAACCAAAGCAUUUAAAAGCUGAGGAGGCUAAGGGGGACCUGGUUGAAAGUGUUACACCAUCAGUAAAUGCAUCUGUUACUCAGUUGAGUGAGGUUACUGAACAAGGCACACUGCUAACAGAAGCAUCGGACCAUACUUCUGUUGAAAUACGAGAACCAGAAUCAAGCGGCGAUACAGACCUUCCUACAACCCAACCAUCACUAGAAGCUGAGAAGUCAACAACACAAGAAUCCGAUAAACUGUUUCCACCCAGUGCUGCUGAAACAGAAGAACACUUGUCUAUAUCUAUGAUAGAAUCCUCCGGUGAUUAUGUUAAUUUUACAGGCACUCCUAAACCAACCGUUAUAAUUACUGACAUCUCCGAUCUGGGCACAGCAACAGAAGCUGUUCGGUCCAUUCCAACCCAUGUACUACUUGAAACUAUUACACAAGAUUUCAGUAGAGUAACAAUACUACCUACAACAAAAGUACCCCUAAAAGAAGAGGAUUCAUCAAUAAUUGAUUCUCAAGUGGAACUUAGAGUUACAACAACUGGGCCAUUGAAACUUGCACUGGCAUCAACUGGAUUUUUACUUCCAGAAGGCUCUGGAGAACUUGAAACACAGGCCAUUAUUAAUGUAACAACUACUGUUAAAGAGUCAAAACAGAGCAUUGUGGAAACUGGGACUGUUGUGCCAUCAGAAUAUCAAUCUCCGUCUGCUCCAUCAUUCUUUGCAGAGGGGACAGAAACCACUACUUUACAACCUGAAACAACUGAAGAGCCAGCAGAAAAACUGGUGAUUGAAGAGGUUGAAGGGUCAGGUAUAGAUGAUAUUACUAGAGAGCUAACUACUUCUAAGGUAUAUUCUACAGGAGCAAUAGAGACAAUAACAAAAUCUUAUGUUUCAGAAGAGACCCCAGUCUCUGCAGGUACCAAGUUAGAACAAACUGAUUUAGAAGCUACAGCUGAAGCUGUAUCAAGCACACAAUCCCAAGAUGAGCUAGAACAAAUCCACACAGAUUCCAUUAAGACAGAUGUGUCGGAAUUAAAGUAUGCUGUUACAGUGGAACUUGCCACUGUUGCAACUCACAGCUCAAAAGAAGAGUAUCAUAUUGCUGAGCAGCCAGUUACUCCAGUUCUAACUACGGAGAGUGUUCAAAAAACAAAAGCAGACAUAUCUGAGAUAGAAGAAACUGAUGGCACAGCAGAAGAACUUAUCAGAAUUACAGAGGAAACAACGGACUCUCCACCUAAAAAACUGACUAGUAUUGAACCACCUCUGAUUUAUGAAGGCUCAGGAGACCUAGUCAGUACACUCCCAGAUCUAGUCAUUACAUCUCAGAUGCCACCAUCAGGCAUGAAGUCUGAGUUGUUGGAGAAAGAAAAAACAACAGAGCGAGUGGAAAAGACUGAGCCAACUAUUUCAUCUGCAGCCUUUUCUUCUGUUACUAUUUCUUCAGAGAGCCAAGAAGACACCAAAGACCUUAGUACAUCAGCAGCACAACUCACAUCAGAUGACCAGAGCUCUUCACCCGGACUGUCAGAAAAAAUAAGCACUUUAUCACCUUUCCUAGGGGAAGGCUCAGGAAGUGAGACGCUAGUUACUUCUAAGCCUUUUGAACAUGCAGAAAGUAAACUAAUCACAACUACUUCAGUUUCUGUAGAAGAUGCAAAAACACUUUCACCUGAUGGAAAAGAUGAUAUUUUUGGCUCUGGUGACUAUGAGUCUACAGCUGAUCCUGGUACAUCCAUCACUGCCAAACCUCUCCAGUUUCUAACUGAUACAGACAAAUUGGGUGAAGCAGGAACUAGUUCACCAUUGCCAUCAUCAACUGAAACUGAAUUUAAAGAGGUCACGUCUCUUCCUAUACCUCUUGAUACUAGCACUCAGAUACCAUUUGUUGAGGAAGGCUCAGGUGAUGAAGGUAAAUUGACAACAGACUCAGUUAUCAGCAGCUCUGAAUCCAAAACAGAUACAAAAUCUGUGGCUAUUACUACAGUUUUACCAACUAUAAAAGUAUUAGAGAGUAUAGAAGAAUCAACAACUGAAAUAGGAGCUGAUGUGGAAACGUCUCCCACAGAGACACCAGAAUCUAUUGGGUUAAGCACAGAGAAGCCCAAAACAUCUUACUUUGAACCUGUAGACUCAGAAGUAACAGAUCUGACUUCCAUCAGCACAGAGGAACCAAUAACAGAAGUCACUUAUCAACAAGCUAUCAUCAGUGACACCCCUUUUCCAGAACAAGGCUCAGGAGCUCAAGAUGGACUAUUCACAACUUCUUCAACUGAAACAAAAACUGUAAUAACAUCUAAAGACUAUGACAAAUAUGUUAGUCCUUCUAUAACUGAAGAAUCUGUAUUAAGCUUAAAAGCAGAAACCAGCCAGGCAGAAUUAAAGGAAGAAGUCAGCACUAUUCCUUCAUUUACUGAUCAAGGCUCAGGAGACACGGAAGACCUUUUUUCAACUUCUUCUACGAUAAAAUUUGAAAUAGAGUCAAAAGAGCUUAUUGAAGUUCUUACUACAAUAUCCUUAACUGACAAAUCUGUGGAAAGUAUAGACACUCAAACAAGUUCUUUACCAUUAAGAGAACAAAUCAGCACACAGGCACCAUUUGUUGAUCAAGGCUCGGGUGACCAAGAACUUUUGUUCGGUACAUCUAUUCCAGUAACUGAAACACAAAAAACUGAGCUGUCACAUAUUAUUGGCCUGCCAACUGUUGAGUCUGUAGACACAGCAGAAACAGAAAUUUCCACUGAUAGUUUAAUUACAAGCCCAGGACCACCAUCAGGGAUCAAAUCUGAAGAAGUAUCUACAGUAAGCUAUGCUACUAGCAAAGGAACCAUAGACUUAAGUCAGUUUAUAUCUGAAGAAUCUGGAACACUAAAACCUGAUGACAGUAUAUUGCCAGUGGAAAGUUCAGCUUUUAUACCACAAGAGCUGAUCAGCACUGACAUACCAGCACUGACAAUCAUUGAUGAAGGUUCAGGUGAGACAGACAAGCCAUAUACAAAUUCCCCUAUUACCAUUACUGUUUCCAAAGAUCAGUUAGAACACAUCAGUACUUUCAUUCUGUCUACAGAAAAGAUUGACAUUGUUAGUGAUUUAGAAGGUUUGACCGAGAAAACAGACAUUAGUUUCAGCUCUAGCUCAUCGCAGUUAUUGACAGAUGAAACAAAGUCAUUUACAGAAGAAGUGUUGCAACCAAGAGUAAUAACAGCUUCUCCUAUAAGUGUUGUAGAUGAAAAAGAUGACUUAAUUGGUACUGAAACACCUGCCUUGGAAGUCAUUGAGGAAAGCACUAUCAGUAGCAUUUGGGAUCUAUCUCAAACUAAUGAGACCAUAAGUGAAUUCAUUAGUCCCACAACUAUCACUUCUGAAUUUAUUCUGGAUAAGAAAUCUAGCACAAUAAUUGCAGAGGAGCUUCAGUCGUUAACUCAGGAGCCAGAGGAGGGAUUGACAUUAAAGUCAACUUUUGCCACCUCUCAAGAGACAGAGAAAGUUGUGCCCACAGAGAAAGCAUAUGUGGAAGGAUCUGGAGAAGAAUUUACUGAUAUCAGCACUACAAGUAUAAUAAAAGUCCACACUUCUGAACCAGUAGAUAAAAUCCAUGCUGAAUCUACUACAACUUCCAGAGAAUAUAAAGAAGAUGUUAGUGCAUCUGACUUUCCUCCUUUGAUAGAUGCACAGUCUACUGAGAGCCCACAAAAAUUGAUCCUGGAAUCUUCAUCAACUACACAGCAAACAGAUGAUUUGUCACUAGCCCCCCAAGAAGUUUCCUCUGGGGCAGAUAAGUUAACUCUUGAAGAAACAGACGGCAGUUAUUUUGAAUCCACUGUACAAACCACUGUUGUAGAUACCUAUAGAAUAAUAAAAUCCACAACUGAGCCAGACAUAAAAGACUUUACAGAGUUACAUUCAGAACAGGGUUCUGGGGAAGAACUUACUGAUGGGUAUUCUUUUACUACAAUCCCUACGGUUAUUUCUAUUACAACAGUUGCUGACUCCACAACAAUAGCUCCUGAGACACCAGAACCAUUGGCUGUAAUUGAGCUUUCUACACCACAGCAAACUGAGGUAUAUCCAGAAACUGAAACUACUAGUGAAUUAAGAGGACAAACUGAUAAUUGUGUUUUCACAGAAUCCCAAAGAGUCACAAGUGAGAGUAUUUUCCAGCAAGAGACCACAGAAGCACCAACAGGGGAAGCUACUUCCAUCCCAUACAUGACAGCUGAAACUCUUAGAUCUUCUCUCAAAAAGACAUUUACAACAUCUUUCAUUGAUGUAGCUGAGGCUUCAGCAGAAGGCUCUGGACUAGAAACAUCUAUUGAUUCAACAAAAGAACCUCUACUACCAGAAAUUCAACCAAGUGCCUCUGUUCCAGUGGUUACUGUUGCCACCCAGGAAGACAUUGAAGUGACAAGUGUAACAAGUGUAGAUAGGCCUAAAUAUAUUGAAAUCACAGAAAAAGUAAUUGAUGAAAUACAAACUACAACAACAGCGUCCACACCUGGUGUCACGGAUUUGGGUGACACGGUAACAACUGAAAUAAUAAUUGAAUUUUCUGAAACAGUAAGCACGGCUGAUGCAGCAAACAUUAUAGAUGUAGACAAGCCUAAAGAAGCUCAAGAAACAACAGAUGCAGAGCUGUAUCUUACAUCAACCAUUGGUGUAGAUGCUGAUAAAUCGCAGGAUCAAUCUACCCCAAGCCGAGACUCAGGGUUUGAUUUGUUUGUAUCAUCACAGGAGAAAUUAGUCACAAGCCGGCCUGAUUUAGCAUCAGUAUCUCCCCCUAGUCCCAAAGACACCACAAAAAAACUUGAAGGUGGACUAAUUAGCACUGAAUACUCACCAGAAGCUACCAAUGCCCCAGUUGAAACAUCUAGCCAGCCACAAUACUACAUAUCUGAAAGAGCAAGGGAAAGUGUUUUUUCAGAUCUGAGCAGCCAAAGUUAUGAAGAUAAGACUACAUACUUAAGUAUUGAUCCAACAGAGCAGGAAAGUAUUGCAGUAGUUACUGAGGAACCUAAAGCUCCUGUGACUGUUAUUCUUGUCAACGGUGCGAUUGACUACACAGGAAAAAUUAUUCCCAGUACUUUGCCAUCCACUGGUUCUGGAACUCAUCAUGUUAUCACAGGACAAGAAGCUAGUGCAGACAUUACAGCUACCUACAAGCCAACAGGUAUUGAGUCAAUCGAUGCAACAGAUUCACUAGAACCCAUCGAUAAAGAAGAUAAUUAUACUGAGCAAAUCCCAGUUAGUACUGAAGAUUCAAUACCUGAAUCGUCUACAACACCACAGGUUAUUGGAGAAGAAAUAGAUUCAGUUCCAUCUGAAAUCUUUGAAGCCACAGAGGAACCAGCCAUUCAGACAGAUACUACUAUUGGUACUUUACUGCUAGUUGACUCAACAGAAGGUUCAAGUGUGGAGGAAAUACCAGCUGUAACAGAUGCUCCUGCUGUUCUCCAGCCUGAGACACCAGCACCCACUCAGCCAGUUGAUGAACCUGCCGAAACUAAUGUGGCUAUAAUUAUACAAACAGAGGCAUCUGUUGCCCUAGACUAUGUGGUUGAGCCAACAAGGGAAAGCGAAAGGGAAGGAAAAGGGAGCUUCACUGAAGGCAUUACACCACUCCCAGAUAUUGAUAUCCACAUUUCCACUAGUAAUAACAUCGAUGGAACCGAGCUGCAAAUAUCAACCCAAGAUCCAUGCCGGGUAAAUCCCUGCCAGCAGGGCGGGACGUGCUAUGCACGCGGUGCUUCUUCAUACGUCUGCACAUGUAUGCCGGGCUUCAGCGGAGAACUGUGUGAAAUCGAUAUUGAUGAAUGCCAGUCAAACCCAUGUAGGAAUGGAGCCGCUUGUGUUGAUGGUAUCAAUUCAUUCCUGUGCAUCUGUCUGCCCAGUUACUCAGGCGCCGUUUGUGAACAAGACACAGAAGUCUGUGAUUAUGGUUGGCACAAAUUUCAAGGCCAGUGCUACAAAUACUUUGCUCACCGACGCACCUGGGACGCUGCAGAGAGAGAGUGCCGCGUACAGGGAGGUCACCUGACCAGCAUCUUGUCCCAGGACGAGCAGCAUUUUGUCAACCGCUUGGGCCAUGACUACCAAUGGAUUGGUUUGAAUGAUAAGAUGUUUGAGAAUGAUUUCCGCUGGACUGAUGGGACCACACUGCAAUAUGAAAACUGGAGACCAAACCAGCCAGAUAGUUUCUUUUCAGCUGGAGAAGAUUGUGUUGUAACCAUUUGGCACGAGAAUGGACAGUGGAAUGAUGUGCCGUGCAAUUAUCAUCUCACAUACACCUGCAAGAAGGGAACAGUUGCUUGUGGACAACCUCCUCUUGUUGAAAAUGCAAAGACCUUUGGGAAGUCUAAACCACGUUAUGAAAUAAACGCCAUGAUCCGAUACCACUGCAAAGAUGGCUUCGUCCAACGACAUAUGCCAACUAUACGAUGCCGAGGUGAUGGCAGGUGGGAUCUACCUAAAGUCACAUGCUUGAAACCUUCCUUUUACCAACGGACUUAUUCCAAGAAAUAUUACUACAAAUUUAGCCCACCUGAGAUGAGGGCUCCACUGAACACUUCUAAACACCACCAACACCGUUGGAGCAGGAACUGGCAGGAUUCUCCACGCUGAAUAUGCCCUCGUUUUCUUCAACGGACACCAUAUCGGGCAAAUUUCUAAAUUACAGUGCCUUUCAUUUGUGUUAUAAGAAAGAAUUCCUAUCUGGUCAGCUCUUGGACUCUUUGGACAAUAGCAUUAUACAGACAACAGUGGAAAACAAGAAUUAAUUUUUAAUUUAAGUGUUAGAAGUUAUAGGGAACUAAACCAGAUGUAAGCAUAAAAUGAAUUCUACUAGAAAAUGUAGAUUGUGUCACCAAGGCAAACAAAUAUAUUGUAUUAAUACAAGCUUACCUUAAUAUUUAAACAGCUAGACCCUAGCUCAGUUGACUUUUGUAAAUAAGAUGAUUUAAAUAUGUUUUCUAAUCAUGUAUAUAAAAUUUAACUAGUCAAUCUAAAGUCAGGCAUAUUUAAUAACUGCUAUAGAGCGUUAAUGUUACAUCACUAACUAAAAAGAUACUAGUUGAUGAAGGACGCAAAUAAGCCCCGAAACCUUGGCGUGAAUACUGUUAGUGCCAGAUGAAGAGAAGUUUUCAGAGGCGCAUUAUAAAGACACUUGUGCCAUAUAAUAUUUUAUUGGUUUUUUUUUGUGGAAAAAGAGAAGAAAAAGAAAAAGAUUUUUGGGGAACAAAAUUUUCACACCACUGGGAUCAAGGAUUUUUUGUUGUUGACUGCAAUAAAAGUAACAGUGCUGUUCAUCCAUGACCACUCUACAAAAUGGACUUGUUGGAUGAAUGGUCUUUCAUUGUUUAAGUCUGUAGCUUUUUAGAAUAUUAUACUGCUAAUCCAUGGAGACAGUUAUGUGUAAGGGUCAUUGAUGCAAACUCAUACCUGACAUACAAUAUAUGCACCCUUUUAUUUUUUAUUUUUGCAUCAGAUUACAGUAUGUAUCAAGUUGCAUCGGUUUUUUGAUGCAAGUUUUUAAAUGACGUCAAAACUGCUGCACAAGUAGAUGCAACACAGGUUAUACGAACUGAGUCAGUUGUGAUUUUGCGUCAUACCACUCGCACCUGGUAAACCACUCCCCUUGUUUUCACAUAUAGGGGGAGCUUUGUUCAGUGUCUUCGAAAACACUACAUAGUGUAUCUUGAAGAUGCAUAUUACAAUUUUUUUGUAAAAAAUAAUAAUAAAAAAAACAGUAAAUUUUGUACAUAUAAUCAUUUUCUAGGUCUUUUUUAAUUAAAUUCUGAAUGUUUAUUGAUGAAUGCGGCAGCUGUGAAGCUUACAGAUAUAAAUGUAGGAAGCCAUACUGUUUUAGCUUAUAGGGUGCUUCUGUGCCAUACAUGCCGACCAUAAGGCUACAGUAUGUCUGAAAAAUACUGUAGGUUACAAAUGUAAAAAGUCAAGAUAUCUGCUCACUUGAACUAAGUAUAGGUUAUAGGUUAUCCCUUUAGUUUCUGGGCAGUCCUGAAAGGACACAUACAGUAGGGACAGAUUUCCUGAAACUUGUAAACAUUGGAGGUGCUGCUUAAAGCAACCAAUCAGAUUCUACUUCUUAUUUAUCUUGAACAUUCUAGAAAAUGAUGGCUAGAUCUAAUUGGUUGCUCUGGGCAGCACAACUCCUCCAUUUUACCUUUUUUUUUUUUAGAAGUUUUCUGUAAAUCUACCCCAUAAUAUUUAAGUAUAAUUCUACAUGCUUUGUUUGAGAGUCCAUUAAGUUAUCCACAUAACUUAACUUUAAGCAUCUCUUAGAAAUUAGAUUUUAUACUGAAACAAAGCAUGAUUUUGUUUGAAAGUGAGUGGACCUGUCACCUGCACACACUGGAAGAAGACAUUUUGAGGACUGAACCAAUAUUUAGGUGACUGCAGCCAAUUCACUAGAUAUCAAUGACACCACCAAAUAACCCUGGACAUUAUACUUUCUCCUUAAUAUUUACCUACAACAUGGCUCCACAGUCUGUAGGUGGCAGGUGCACUUUAAAUUAGGGGAAAUACACCAGCAUCAUCUAGAGCAAUCUUAAUUUUCUCAUUAUUUCCAUGAAUGAAGAUAUUGUUGAUUCUAUCAAGCAAAUGAACAAAUGUAAAAAAAUAAAUAUACUUUUCUAGGUAA